AUGUCUCAAACUGACACUUACUAUUCCACUUCCUCAGCUUCAUUUCUAUCCAAAAGAAAGAAGAGAGUUUCGACCGUCACUGAUAAAUCUGGUGAUACUGGAAAAUCAUCCCGAAGGGGUCUGUUUGGAUUGAAAUCCAAAUCUAGAGAAUCAGCUUCUAGUUCAAGCAGCAUGGGACUUUCCGAUACCAAUGAAUCCGGCUCAGUACACUCGAGAAAUUUUGCGACACCCCAACCUGUUUCGGAUGAUUAUGUCUCCACCGCCAAUGACAAUUGUGCUGCACCGAUACGCUCAUCAGAUGGUCAUAUCAUUAUUGACCGUGGCAAGGGAUCCCCAUCUCAAGAUUCGUUUGCUUCUUCAAAAGAUACCAUAUUCGGAGUUCAUUCUGAUCAAGAGCAGGAGCAAGACCAAAAAGAAGAAGAUGAUGAUGAGAGCUUUCAAAAAUAUCUUGCUGAUCAAGCCGAAAUUACUCAUUUAAGAAUGAUGACUUCCGAGAUACGUGGCAAGAAUGACGUGAGCAUAUAUACCGAAGAAUGCGAUUAUAAAGAUACUGGUAGACAUGAUUACAACAGGAGGAAUGAGGAAAGGCUAGAGCAUGUCAGAAAGAUCUUGAAUGGUACUAAGAGUUUUAACUCUUAG